UGGGUUCGGUUCUGUUUAUACUCGAUGUGGCUUGGGUUCGGUUCGGGUUUGGGAAGUCCUUGGUGGGCGCGGUCUCGGAGCCUUCUGAUAGCAAAAGAGGGCUGGAAAUCAAUGAGAGGCCGCAGAAGCAUCCGUCACUGGAUUUCGAGAACCUGUCAAUGUCUGAUUCAGCUGCAAAGGCAGAAGAAUUGAAGACCAAGAAGGUUUUUGUACAGCAUGUAGAGACAGUAAGCAGCUUUGACACCACUGUUGAUGUCGUGAAAUCAUUUGUGCGGAAACAAGAUCAGAUAUUGUCUAAAGCCAGACAGACACAGGAGGUUGUCGGAAAAAAUGCACGUUUUGAACAAAGAUGGAGGAGCAGAAAGGGAGACAAAGGAACAUCACAUGAGAAAUUACAUGAAAUGUGUCAUUUCUAUGAUGUUAUUCUUGUUGAUGUCGAGGAAAGAUCUAAUGAGUUGCGACAGGAGGAUGAGAUAUCUUUGGAGGACCAGAGGAUGUUGAAUAGUUACUUACCUCUACUGAGAGAGUGCAUUCCAAGUGCUGCUUCUGAGAUUGAAUCAGAUUUAUCUGCUAACAGCUCCAAACAAGGUUGUUUUUUCACAUGUAAUUGACUAGUCUUUGUUAUGUCUGUAUAUAAAAAUGGGGCUGGUGGCUUUUGCAACCCAGUUCAUAUAUCAUUGCUCUGGUCUAUUAUUUGGGGAAAUUGACUUAUAGGAUCAAUGUAGUAUCCCUGGAUCAGCAUCUUUCUUUUGAACCUAAAUGGAGCUCUUUGCAUAGUUAUUGUAAUCAGGUUGAAUUUAACAAAUUACUCACCAUGGUGAUAUGAAGCAAAAGCAUGCCAUGAUCUGUUGGAUUUGAAAGUA